AUGGCGAAUCUCGCUAAUACCAUGGAAGCUAAUGCUGCUGCGAUUCUGCAAGGAGAAGGUGCUGAAGACAGCUUGAGUCGUGUCCCGAGAACUCUAGCUGCUUUUCGGAAGGCUGACCCGCCGGUUUUCAAUGGUUCGACAAAUGAUACUGAAGCAGACAACUGGUUCCGAGCGGUGGAGCGUGCAUUACUGAAUGAACAUGUACCAUAUGACAAGUUCGUGGAAUAUGCGACUUAUCAACUGGUGGGAGAAGCUCAACAAUGGUGGCAAGGGGAGCGCCGACUACGACACCAACAGAACGUAAACAUUACCUGGGCAUUAUUUGGGGAAGCUUUCUACAGGAAAUACUUUCAUGAAUUACUAAGGGAGGCCAGAGAAUUGGAGCUCUUACAACUGAAGCAAGGGUCCAUGACUAUAGCAGAAUACACCAGCAAGUUUGAAGGACUCUAUAGGUUCUCGAAGAUAAGUCAGGGUACUCUUGAGUCUUGUGAGGAAUAG